CUCGGAGGUUCAGUUGCGUGUGGCUGCGUCGCGUUUGCGUAUUAUUUGCCGCCAAUUUAAGCGCAACUCAUCAAAAUUUAUCCUCUAUUCAAGAUGUUGCCAAUUAAACCAGGAAGUCCCCAGCCCGAUGGUAGCUCGAUGGAAAAGAAGCCAAUUCCCGGCAUCCCUAGAGUAGCAGCGACUACGAAAUAUAACGCACCGGUACAUAUUGAUGUCGGCGGAACUAUCUACACAUCUUCUCUGGAAACCCUAACUGCUUAUCCGGAGUCUCGCCUUGGCAAGAUGUUCAACGGAACCAUUCCCAUCGUACUGGAUACGCUGAAGCAGCAUUAUUUCAUCGACAGGGACGGCGGCAUGUUCCGUCACAUUCUCAACUUUUUGCGUAAUAAAAAACUAUUACUGCCUACCGAUUUCCCCGAUAUGGAACUCUUACUACACGAGGCACACUACUUCGAACUAGAUCACAUGGUGUUCGCUUUGUCGAAACUGAAACAUGGGCGUGAGGGGGUGAAGCAUGAGUGCGAGUGGUUGAGCGACGCCAGCGAUCGCCUCAAGCAGGAGACCGAGCUCCUCAUGCAGGAAAGAGACCGGCUGCAGCAACGAUGGUCAUGAAUAGAGGAACCACAACGUUCGCAAGCGGUUAACGACUUCAAAAGGCGCCGCUUGUAAUUACAUCAGUUUCUGAGGGUAGUAUACGAACUUGUAAAAAUGGCGUAAAAAAAAAUCGCCAAUCUCUUUUCCAAAGUAGACUGUAGUAUAGUCAUUAUUUAAGUCACUAGUUAGUUUCUUCAUUCAUUCCAAAUUGUAUGCUUUUGUUAACAUAGUACUUAUAAUAAAAGAGUUGUUUUAUAAGAUAAAUUUGAUGUUAUUGUAACAGCUCUCGAUAUAUAUCUUACGUUUUCGUGUUGCUAUGAUAUCAGUGAAUCUAACAUAAAAUCUUUAUGAAUAUUUAUUCAGUAUAAAUUUAACUUUAAGGUUAAAUGAAAACUGACAUCUUGCACCAGGACGCUCGCCUGGAGGGAACGGGGCAAUAAACUAAACGGCGAGUAGGUACAUCUCACGCCUUCGAUUUGCAGGCGGCAUAGACAUAAUCGUUGAAUCGCUAGAGGAUUUAUCACCACGUCCUUACGGAUUCAUCAGAUCCAAUAACCCUUGCAUUAGACACCUCUAGCUCUAACACUAGGAAUAGGGACCCCGAUAAACUCGUCGAGCUCGGCAAAGAGUUCGAUAUGCAGCCUAACCUAAACAUCAGCCCGCU